CCCUGGACAAACAUCACAAGAUCGUCCAGAUUUAGAGGUCAGGGUAUUUCGUUCAAAACUUGAGCAACUAAAAGAAGACAUCAUCACCAAAGGAGUAUUGGGAAGAGUUAUUGCUCAUGCUUUUGUCGUUGAAUUUCAGAAACGGGGCCUACCACAUGUACACAUGCUGGUCAUGUUGGAUGAAAAUGAUAAGCUUAGUAACCCUGAAGAUUAUGACCGCAUUGUUAGAGCAGAAAUACCAGAUAAAGAUGAAGAGCCUCAACUUUAUGAUCUGGUGUUGAAACAUAUGAUUCACGGUCCAUGUGGAACCUUAAACCAACAGUCUUCAUGUAUGAAGAAUGGGAGAUGCAAUAAAAGUUAUCCAAAAUCAUUUGCAAAUUUCACUGUGCAAGGAAACGAUGCAUAUCCUAUAUAUCGAAGACGAGCAAGUCGCUUACCAGUCCCUCUACGUAGAUCUGGAGACACAAUGGUGGAUAAUAGUUGGGUUGUUCCUUAUAACCCGUGGUUGUUGCUACGGUAUGAUUGUCACAUCAAUGUUGAAAUAUGUGGGAGCAUAAAGAGUGUCAAAUACUUAUAUAAGUAUGUCUACAAAGGUCCUGAUAGAGUUGCAGUUCAAGUGCAAUCUUACCAGGAGUUCGAUGAAAUAAGACAAUUUGUCGAUGCAAGGUGGGUUUGUGCACCAGAGGCUUUAUGGAGGAUAUUUAAAUUUGUAAUGAACAGAAUAUAUCCAACAGUCGACAGAUUACAAAUACAUCUUCCAAACAUGCAACAAAUCAGAUUCGAUGCAAAUGAGACUGUAGAAGACAUUCUAGCAGAUGAGCAUGCACAGAAGUCUAUGCUUACUGAAUAUUUCACCAUGAACCGUAUGGAUCCGGAAGCAAGACGAUAUCUGUAUCGAGAAUUCCCUCAAUACUAUAGGUGGGAAAGUAAGCAAAAAGCUUGGGUGAAAAGAAGGAACAACUACAAGGUAAUUGGAAGAAUAUACAGUGUUUCACCCUCUGAAGGAAGCGGCAGAGAAACGAGGUUUGCUGGAAGAUGACAAUAGCAUCCGACAAUGUCUGUUAGAGGCCUCUGCAAUUAGAAUGCCAUCAGCUUUGAGAAGAUUAUUCGUCACAAUUUUGGUGUAUAGUCAACCAACUGGUGUUCGAAGAUUGUGGGAUGAAUUUUAUCCUUUCAUGAUUGAAGAUUAUUCUUCUUCAAGUGAUAUUGUCGAUAUUUCUGUCAGAAACAGGUUACUUCGAGAUCUAAAUAGAAUGCUAGAACAAUUUAAUAAGGGCACUGGAGAAUUUGAUCUGCCUGAAAUGACAAGUGAGCCAGAAGAUAGUCUAGGAAUACCGAGAUGUAUUGAAGACGAAAUUUCUAUAAAUAUCCCGCAAGAAGAUAUUGAUGCAAUUGACCACCUUAACAACGACCA